CAUGGAGAUGGCUAACAGAUAGGACAGGCUGUCCUCGGAGGGAGACGCUAGGGCUCCCGACAGCCGGAGCCGCCGGCAUGGAAGUCUUGAGGGAGAAAGUGGAGGAGGAGGAGGAGGCCGAGCGCGAGGAGGCGGCUGAGCGGGCGGAGCGGGCUGAGAAAACGAUGCGGCCGGUCGAGGUGCGGACGGAGGAAGCCCCCCUGACCCCGGAGAUGCUCAGAGACCUGGAGAAGAAGCUUUCGGAGAUCGAGACCCCGGCCUCAGAGGAGCCCCCGGUCAUUACCAAGGACACCAUCGACAUCUCUAGCCUGCCCCUUUCCUACAAAACCAACACACCCAAGGAGGAACACCUGCUGCAGGUGGCAGACGACUUCUCCCGCCAGUACAGCCACCUGUGCCCGGACCGCGUGCCCCUCUUCUUGUACCCCCUGAACGAGUGUGAAGUACCUAAGUUCGUGAGCACGACCAUCCGGCCCACCCUCCUGCCCUACCCCGACCUCUACAACUGGGAUGGCUGCGCCCAGUUCGUCUCCGACUUCCUCACCAUGGUGCCCCUGCCAAACCCCCUCAGGCCGCCCUCGUCCCUGUACUCCUCGACCACGGUGCUCAAGUACCAGAAGGGCAACUGCUUCGACUUCAGCACGCUGCUCUGCUCCCUGCUCAUCGGCUCCGGCUACGACGCCUACUGCGUCAAUGGCUACGGCUUGCGGGACCUGUGCCACAUGGACCAGACACGGGAGGUGUGCCCGCUCACCGUGAAGCCGAAGGAGCUGGUCAAGAGGCGGGAGAGGGCACUGUCUAAGAAGUACACCGUCAAGCCCCCCAGGGACCUGAGCAGCAAGUUUGAGCAGGAGCAGGAGAUCAAGAAGCAGCGGGAGAUCCGAGCCCAGGAGCAGAAGCGGCUGCGGGAGGAGGAGGAGCGCCUCUUGGAGGCAGAGAAGGCAAAGCCUGACCCCCUGCACGGCCUGCGGGUGCACUCCUGGGUCCUCGUGCUGUCGGGCAAGCGCGAAGUGCCCGAGACCUUCUUCAUCGACCCGCUCACAGCGCGCAGCUACAGCACCCAGGACGACCGCUUCCUGGGCAUCGAGAGCAUCUGGAACCACAAGAACUACUGGAUCAACAUGCAGGACUGCUGGAACUGCUGCAAGGACUUGGUCUUUGACCUGGGCGACCCCGUGAGGUGGGAGUUCAUGCUCUUGGGGACUGAUAAGCCUAAACUGUCCUUGACCGAGGAAGAUGACAACGGGAUGAACGAUGAGGAUGACGUGGAAAAUCUGGGCAAGGAGGAUGAGGACAAGAGCUUCGACGUGCCACACUCGUGGGUGGAGCAGAUCGAGAUCUCCCCAGAAGCGUUCGAGACCCGCUGCCCGAAUGGGAAGAAGGUGAUACAGUACAAGAGGGCGAAGCUGGAGAAGUGGGCCCCGUACCUCAACAGCAACGGCCUGGUGUGCCGCCUCACCACCUACGAGGACCUGGAGUGGACCGAGACCUUGGAGGUGAAGGAGUGGUACCAGAACCGGGAAGACAGGCUGGAGCUGAAACACAUAAACAAGACCACAGGCCUGAACAUCGACUACUUCAAGCCAGGCCACCCCCAAGCUCUGCGUGUGCACUCAUACAAGUCCAUGCAACCUGAGAUGGACCGCGUCAUGGAGUUUUACGAAACGACCCGUGUGGAUGGCCUGAUGAAGCGGGAGGAGACAGCCACGACAAUGACAGAGCACUAUCAAGGACGCCCAGACUUCCUCUCCUACCGCCACAUCACCUUCGGGCCCCGAGUCAAGAAGCUUGCUCUGAAGAGCGCAGAGUCAAAUCCCCGGCCCAUCGUGAAAAUCACAGAGCGGUUUCUCCGCAACUCCGCGAAGCCCGCGGACGAGGAUGUAGCCGAGCGCGUGUUUCUGAUCGGGGAGGAGCGCAUCCAGCUGCGCUACCACUGCCGCGAUGACCACAUCACGGCCUCCAAGCGCGAGUACCUGCGGCGCACCGAGGUGGAUAGCAAAGGCAACAAGAUCAUCAUGACGCCGGACAUGUGCAUCAGCUUCGAGGUGGAGCCCAUGGAGCACACCAAGAAGCUGCUCUACCAGUACCAGGACAUGAUGCACCUGAAGAAUGAGGAGAAGGUGUCCAGACAUCUGGCCUGGGAGUCGGAGCUGGAGGUGCUGGAGAUCCUGAAGCUGCGAGAGGAAGAGGAGGAGGCGCACACGCUGACCGUCUCCAUCUACGACACCAGGCGCAACGAGAAGAGCAAGGAGUACCGGGAGACCAUGGAGCGCGUGAUGCACGAGGAGCAAUUGCAGCAGGUGGAGGCCCAGCUGGACUACCUGGCCCCAUUCCUGGCCCAGCUGCCGCCAGGAGAGAAGCUGACUCACUGGCAGGCGGUGUGCCUCAAGGACGAGUGCCUCAGUGACUUCAAGCAGCGGCUCAUCGACAAGGCCAACCUCAUCCAGGCCCGCUUCGAGAAGGAGACCCAGGAGCUGCAGAAGAAGCAGCAGUGGUACCAGGAGAACCAGGUGACCCUGACGCCCGAGGACGAAGACCUGUACCUGAGCUACUGCUCUCAGGCCGUGUUCCGCAUCCGCAUCCUGGAGCAGCGGCUCAAUCGACACAAGGAGCUGGCCCCGCUGAAGUACUUGGCCUUGGAGAAAAAGCUCUACAAGGACCCACGCCUGGUGGAGCUCCUGAAAGUCUUUGCUUGACACUCCUCCUGGGGCCUCGGCAGAGCCACCAGGGAAAGCAAAUCUCCCUCCCACAGUCGGGCCCCUGUGCUCCCCCCACCCAGCUAAUGCCAUCUACUCAGACGCCUGGCCUCACUGCCACCCACCUCCCCUGCAGCCCUCCCUGUUCCUGCUUCUCCUGACUUUCCUGUAAAUAAACACACUCAGAAUUUGCCA